AUGCUGCCUCUUUUCGCAGCCGUCUUGUUUCUUUUUCCCGCUGUCGCCGUCGGCCAAGCUACUACGGUUGCAAACCCUCCACUCGACGAACCCCUGCUUGCUGUGCAAAUUGGUGGAAUUGUCGGAGCGUAUGUGAUAUUUGUCGCUAUCACACUUACUCUGCUUCUCGUCGUCGGACGCCGUCUUCGAAGAACGGUCCAAUCGUCGAAUUACACGCUGCAGGUUGAAAUGAUGAAGCCCAAGGCGCCCAUCACCACGACGGCCAGCACCGACCCCAGCCCGGUCACCCCGACCAACAAGUCUGGCUUUCGAUCGUGGACAUCGCUCACAAAGGGCCACCAGUCCAAACCCUCGCACAAUGGCAGUGUGAGCACGAUCGACCAUGAGUCUGUCAUUGCUGCCGACCGCCGCAGGGCCCAGGAGCAGAUGGAGAUGCUCUACGCAGCAGUUAUGGAGCACGACGAGCAGCGCUCCGCCGCCGCAACUUCCCCAGUCAGUCCGCAGGACUCGGUCGAUAUGAAGGAAAUAGCCCCGCGAUCCCCGCUGAGCUACCACAGCACGAACCCAUUCUCCGACCCAUACCGGACACAACCACAGCAGUUCCCACCGCAGCCGCAACACCACCACCGGUUCGAACCGCAUCAAUUCCAGCAACAGCUUGGUCGAACCCCGGGCUCUCCAGGCUUCGCCCCCGCAGCGACAAUCGCAUCCCCGCCAACGAGCCCACGCUCAACAACCUCCCGCCUCUCCCGCAUCUCAAACCUCUCCCUCUUCCACUCGAACUCCAAUCCCAAUUCCUCCAACAUCCAAGAAAAAGGCCACAAGCUCCGCUCCCCACGCCUGCCCCUCCGCAAACUCCCUAUCUCCUCCCCGCUCGCCUCACCCGGACACCCCUCCCCAGCCUCAGACCAAAUCCCCCUCUCCCCACGCCUAUACAAUCCACCCCCACCACCCGCUCCACCCGGAACAAUCACCCGCACAUCAACCUCCACCUCCCAAGACCGCGGGAAUGGAAACCGCGCACCCGCACCACCAACCCUAAACCUCCAAGCCGCGGGCGCCGCCCCCGGCGCAGGGCGCUCCUCCUCCUCCCUUCCCUUCCGAGAGGCAUACCCGCAACUCCUCUCCGCACCCCCGACAAAGACGACAUACCUCGAGCGUCCUGAAAAAGGUCUGAAUGGGCCACGCACAGGGCUGCCGACGCCGUAUUCUCCGUACAUGCCGUUUACGCCACUGACGCCCAUGACGCCGAGUCGGAUUGUGACGAAGAAGCAGAGGAAGAAGGAAGGGAGGGAGAAUGGGUUGAGGGCGCUGAAUGAGGAGGACGCCGUUCGGGAUGAGAAUGAGAUGUGGGGGUAUUGA